CGAAUCACCUAUGUUGAAAGAAAUUACGAAAACCACAUUUUGAAAGGAGUACUGGUAAUGUCUUCGGGGUUAAUCUUUGACAAGAGCGUAGUUGUGGAUGGUACACGUCAAGCAUAGUGCAUGAAAACAUUGUGUUUGCAUGGGUAAAAUGGCACCGAAAAACAGCAAGGAAGCGCAGCCACAAGACAAACCAGUGAAAAUCAAUAAAUGGGAUGGUUCUGCUGUCAAAAACUGCUUGGAUGAUGGAGUGAAAGAGGUGUUGACAACAAAGUACAAUUAUGCAGAAAACUUUGCUUUGAUGGAUGGUCGAUUAAUAAUGUGUGGAAUUGCAGUUGGUGUUGCAAUGUUCGCAUUACUGUGGGAUUAUAUUUACCCAUUUCCACAAUCAAGGCCUGUGCUGAUAUUCUGCGUGACAACUUACUUUGUUAUGAUGGGGAUUCUUACAUUAUAUACAACAUACAAAGAGAAAGGUAUCUUUGUAGUUGCCAUCCAGAAAACAAAUUCUGGGCAAGAAAAUGUGUGGGAAGCAAGUUCAUACUUGAAGAAGUAUGAUGAUAAGUACAACUUAGUGCUAACAUACAAAGAUGGCAAAACAGGUUCUGUAAGAGAAGCAACAAUGGUGAGAUCUGUGGCAAACUUUAUAGAUGAAAAUGGUUGCCUUGUGUAUGAACUUCUUGAAACAGAAGUUUCCAAACUGCAUAACAGUCUCCUUACAGAGCGCAAGGAGAAGUAGCAGUAUUUGACAGGAGGGCCUGUUUUGACAGUCUACAAAUUGGCAGACUUCAAUUGCUCUGUGUGUCAGUGGGAACAAAGACUCCUCUUUGUACAUACAGCUGGACUGAUAUUUAUUUAUCAUAUGCCACACUCUCUGAAUAGGAUAUUGAUCCAGUGACUUUUUACAUGCAAAUGCGGGCACAUUGCACCAUGUGCGAGUUUCAAGGAAUGGUACUGAAUGGGAAAAAUUGUUGAUUUGGUGAAAAUGAUACUUAACUUUGUCUUUCUUGUUUCAAAUAAAGAAAAUUUAGAUCAA